UUUAUUUUAAUAUUUUUGCACAUCCUGUAUCCUGUAAUGGUUUUUACAAUUCGCAACUGCACUAUCUUUCUGAAGUUUCUAAUAUUUAAUUGAGGUAAACAGCGUAAACACUCGAGCAUACAUAAUAUUAUAAAUGCGUAAGUGUGUCUGUCUGUCUGUUACCUCUUCACGCUUAAACCGCUGAACCGAUUUAGUUGAAAUUUGGCAUACUUAGAGAUAGUUUGAGUCCCGGGGAAGGACAUAGGAUAGGUUUUAACCCGGUAAUAAUCCCGUCUCAUCAUACUUAAUCUAGGCUUAUAGUUGUCAAUAAAAACCAGACUGGAUAAAAAUAAGCUACCCACACGCAGACGAAGUCGCGGGUAAAAGUUAGUAUUCAUAUAAUUUUAUCAUCAAAUUAUUUGCAACAAUUCUUUUUUUGCAAUGCUUCAUUAAGUUAAUUGUUAUAAUUUACUGUGAAAAACUGAAUUUCACUACACUUCACAAGCAAGAAACCAAGUGCAUUUAACUUUGCAUCUUUUUUAUUAUUUACCAAUGUCCGUUGCAAACAGUGUAUUCCACUGGUUCCAAAUGUUCCAAUACGUACUAACAAUAACACUGAGAAUUAUACCUAUCUCACUUUUACAACGCUCCCAGCCGCCUUAACGAGCGAAAUGGCUACAUUAUCUUUAAACAUAAACGCUUAAUCCGGACCAAAGCGUACAAGUAUUGACGUUUCUCCGAGUAUACGUAUGCGUAUCGAUAUUUAUGUCAAUAUACUUGUACCAAAAUGGCGUCUCGUGAUGGUGAUGCAGACAAAAGGCUUCGUAAGACAAGUGUCGCUUGGAAUUAUUUUACGCUCGUGGACGAUGAGAAGAGAAUCGCAGCCUGUAAUACUUGCGACUCUCAUAUGUCGUUUCGAUCGUCUAUUUCCAAUUUGAUGAAACAUUUGAAAAGAAAACAUGGGGAUAUUGGAACCGUGGAAACGAAGAUGUUUGAAGAUGACAAGGAUUCAGACUCGGAAGUAGAUGAAGCAAAUAAAGUUAAUCCUGAAGACAAGCUCCAAUGCGGCCCCAUCCAGGAACACUUCGAAAUCACGAAUGCGGAGAAGAAAAUAGCCACAUGUUCCGUGUGCCAAGUGCCACUGACGUAUAAGAGUUCCGUGACAAUUCUGCUGAGGCAUUUACGGAGGAAGCAUAAUAUUGAUGUUGGGGAUGUGGAGCUCUCGGAGGAUGAGGAAAAGAAGCCCGACUGCGACUCCCCCUCUCCAAACCUACGCUCUGUCAUCUGGCCAUAUUUUCGCAUAACGGACCCCGCCUGCAAAGCAGCGCGCUGUCUAGUGUGUCGGAAGCUGCUGUCAUACAAUACUGGCACUUCUAACCUGAGGAAACAUCUUAUGCGGAAGCAUCCGUUGAUAAAUCUACCCGGACCAGGAGAAGAGAGAAAAACCAUAAUUUUAUCAUCCGGCGACCAACUAUACGAGUAUGAGGUGGAAGCGGCCGAGGGUGAACACAAAGGGGUUGAAAAUGAUGACAACGAUCAGAGCGAACCAGUAGCUAUCGACGAAGUAUUCCUCGACGAAUUCAACGGCAGCAUAAACCAAAUGUCAUCCGACAAAAAGUACAAAUCGAAAAAGAGAAAACAUAAAGACAAAAAACCAAACGUACUAGAACAUUCCGACAGUGAUGACGAAGUUAUUUUAAAGAAAUCUAAAGGAGAAGAUAGUAUAGAUAUAUUCGGGAAAUAUAUAGCUUCGCUUCUAAAGGAAUUACCAAAGCAAACAUCGAAUCGCUUGCAGAAAGAGUUUGUGAAGCAAAUAAUGAAUGCUCAGCUUGAGUGCCAGAACGGAUACUCAGAGCCACAGAGCCAGUACUCAAUAACUAUAGCUGACGCGGGGGCGUCUGUGCCUGAAGAUGUUAGGUUUGAAGUUAUCACCACCAAACCUGAGGCUGAUAAAAUAAACGAUUAAAUUAA